GCGUCGAGCGAACCAAAGCCAUACUUCGUACAAAUCAGCGUGGAACAAAGUUUAUAAAACCAUUUGUAGAAGAUUACUCUAAAAAGCACGAAAUCAAAGCUGAAGGGAAAACAAACUUAUGCAAACAUUACCAUCUGAAAACAGAACUUCCAACGCAACGCUCACCUUCUGGCUUACCAAGAUGACUUAGUGGGUCAUGAUGAGUCUAGUCCACUCUCUCCUCUACUCCCGACGCUGGUGCCGAGUCUGGUCUGGAAAAAGAAGACAGUCACCAGUGUGCCGAGAGACGUCAAGGUGUUCAUUUUACAAAAGGCUUUACAGGAAGUGACUGUGCACAGCGACGGUUGCAAGUACCCUGGCAACACCGGUCUCCCAACUAGCAGUUGGGGGUUCUAUGGAUUGCAUGAUAAGAACGAUUCCUGCUUGAGACCAUCUUGGGAUAAUGGCAUCACUCAAAUUGCAUACUUGCUGUUGGCUCGUGUGGACCUUCUUGCAUCUGUGUGUGGACAUAUCAACAGCACAGGAGGUCUCCACAGAUGAUUCUCCUGAGAAAUUGCCUCGUAUGCUGCGAAGAAGGAACAACAAGGUAGAACAAACGACACAGGAAACAGAACCCGAUUCACUAUAUAAGUUGCCAGAAGUUGAUACAAUUCCACAACCCGACUGGCCGGCGGGAUCUGAGUUUGAGCUAGUGGCCAAAGAAAGUACCGAUGAUGGGCUAUACUUGGGAGACGCUUUUGAUAUCGCAAACCCCUCUGAUAAAGAGAGAGAAAGACUAGACUAUGUACAGACCCAAGGCCUUCCGACGACCAGGACUUCCAACCAAGAAGCUCCGGCAGUUGGCCUUCUUUCAGGACAAGAUUCCCCUAUAACACACACUAGAAACAUCAGAAAUAAACUCAGAACAGGUGUGCAAAGUCACGGCUUUCAAACUCUCAGAACAUCUGCUGACGGCGUAAGGACAGUGAAUUCUGAUGGAUUUGAUGAUAAGCCUCUGGGGUCUACAUAUCAAGUCAGAGAUGGUACUCAAAUUAAAAAUGUGUUAAAGUCAAAAGCUGAAAAUCCAAGAAUUAAAGCUAUCGGUGGUGUUGGUAACCCAACCCUUCAAGGAAUGCCUUUAAGUCUGGACGAUGCAGUUUUCCUCAUUCAGUCUGAGAGAACAGUCACUGCAAAGCCAAUCUAUGGAGGUGUUGGGGCAGAAUUUCUUCCACUAUCAGUUGAUAUAGGUGGAAUAGGAGCUCAAGACCCCAACAAAGAGUUUUUCACAAUACCUAACAAAGCACCUUACCAUUUAGCACCAGCCCCAAACCCCAGUGAACUCUUCCCAAAUUUCUCAGCUGGUCACCCAGACAAGACGUCAACACACUCCUUGCUUCCAGCCACUAACCGUCCAGUUAGCAUCAAAUCACUUAUCAACAUUGUGAGAAACUUAACUUCUCAAAAUCGAAACAGUUCCGUUACCCCAACUCCCUCGCCGUACGCGGUCAACCCUUAUGUACAUUCCUUUUCAGAGUACACGAGUGACUUGCCAAAUUUAUCUUUUUUCAAGCAAUCCUCUCUCCAACCAUCAGAAACUAGACUGAAUACACAGGAAGGAAAUUUGCAUGACUACCUCACGAGGGAAUAUGAAGAAAACAGUAAGCUGAGGCAAAGCACCAGCUUUGAAGAAGUGAUACCUCUCCUCCAGUACAGUCCAGCAUUCCAAAACAGUAUCAGUCAUUUAUCAAAUGCCUCCCUCAACAGAAAAAUCAGGGAGAGUAAUGAGUCUGGAAUAAACAUUACUGUCCAAAGGUGCUUGAAAAACACAUGGUGUAGUCUUAGAAAUGCCUCCCUUAACAGAAAUAUCAGGGAGAGUGAUGAGUCUGGAAUAAACAUUACUAUCCAAAGGUGCUUGAAAAAUCCAUUUUGUAGACUUGCAAAUGCCUCCCUCAACAGAAAAAUCAGGGAGAGUGAUGAGUCUGGAAUAAACAUUAGUGUCCCAGGGUGCUUGAAAAACAAAUGGUGUGGCCUCGGAGUUGCUGCGGCUAUGGCUUUUGGUACAGUCUCUGCUUUGGCAGUGCCAUUUAUAGCACCUCCAGUAUUUGGGAGAAGAAGAAAAUCAAUUGAGUAUGUCAUUUUCUCUACAAAUACUGCCAGCAGUUUUGUUGAACACUACAUGAGUAUGUUGCAAAAUAGCACCUCUGAUGUCCCAGAUUCUGAGAGGUUGUUUUUCAUUGGACUCCAUGACUCGAACAACAACUCUACGAGAGAUGCUUUUGAAAAGGUCAAGGACUUAAUCCUGAGUAACGAAGAUGCUCUCCUGGCCAUGAAUGAGCAGCCACUUGAGAAUACAAAGGACAAUAUAAGAAGUGACAGCAAUAAAAAGAAUCAAAUCCUGAUCCCAGAUGACAUACUCAACAACAUCCAAGAAAAAAGCAAAGAUCACCAGACAGAGUUUCCAACAAGUGAACACAGUGCCGAUAACGAUGAAGAUGGUAGAACGUCUUCUGCAAAAGAGCAUACUGUUUUGAGUCAAAUUCAGCUAUUCAGUAUUUCAUCAGAGUUUUCAAAUCCAGUACAGACUCUACAAGAUCGUAUUCCUAGCAACUUUCCUGAGAGCAUGCACUUACUACCCAAAGAAUGGGUUCAGAAUGAAGUGACAGAUAUAAAACUGAACAGGAGCGAAUCUGAAAUCCUUGACAGUCAUUCUUCACUUAAUCCUAGGCUGAGAGUCCCAACCACUCAAUACAUACAAAUACAGAAAAUUGGAAAUAACCCAGAGCCUUUUUCAAAACCUCACCAAUUGCACCAAAAUGAAAUGCACACAUUUUCUGCGAAGGUUUCUCAACAGGAACCUCUUGGAAGCAGUGGGAGUAUUUUGCAAAGGCUGUCAGAAAUGUUAACUGUUAAUGCCGGUCCAUCACACACACCAGAUAGCUCAUCACUUCAAGACAAUUUACCCAUCAACAACAUAGCAAGUCAAUUCAGUUAUAAUUCAAGAUAUAACCCAAUAAGUAUAGGUCAUCCCCUGCCUGAAAGACAACCUUUCACAAGUAACUCAAACCUCACACCAUUUUCUCCUUUUGGCCUACAUCCAAGACCAGUAAAUGUACCUGGUUCUUACACAAAUCUACCCAAUAACUAUAUUAGUGAUUUACGAAAUGCUGCAAUAAAAAACGCGUUACCUGUACCAAGCAACUCAGGAUCGUCCACAGAGCUUCCCCAAAAGGUCCAAAGCCAAUCAAGUUUGGGAUAUCCUUCAAUUUUACUCAACCUUCCAGUGCCUUUCACGCCAACCCACCAAGUGAACCAACUUAAGCAUGUGAACUUGAGUCCAAUUCCUCAUCAAAGCAAGCCCCAUUUGCCAAACAGUCACAGUAUUUCAAAUUUACUCAAUAGGAUAACUAGAAACCCUUCGAGGCUGAAUGACCCAGUGAGGGGUAGUACGACUUCUGCAAAUCCUUCGGGAAUAGUCCAACACUCAAGUUCUCUUUCACACCAGAUUUCAAAGCCCUCUCUGACUGGGCCAUUUCAGGCCUCAUCUUCAAGUUCUCUUAGGCCAGCACUAAGUAAUAAGGUCUCACAACUGUUUACCAGUAAUCCCUACAACUCCAACUCAUACUUCAACCCAGCAAGUUCAUCUUCAGGUAAUCUUCAAGUGAUACCUUUGAAAAAUACUGGAGUAGAUACAAGCAUACAUGCCAAAGGGUUUUACCAAAGUGUCUGCUCUGCUGUUGGGCAAAGGGAUGUACCAGACAGCGACAUUAUUAGAUUCAUAAGAGAAAAGUGUACCAUUUUUCAGUACACUGGCAUUAUAUAGAUAAAGUCUGCAAUUAAACAAUUACUUGUAAGUCCCUCAUAUUUCAAAUUACAAAUCUGUACACAUUGUUUCCUAAUGCGCCUGAAUAACCGGACUGAAUGUGUUACUGAAAAUUCUCUCACUAGAGACAAGUUUAGAAAAGACAUUUUGUCCCCAAGGCAUUAAGAGUUCCAUAUGAAAGAAACUGAAAAGAGAAUGUCACUAUUAAGUUUAUAGUUAAAAUUAUUUAUAAUAUACUUCAUGUCUUACAUUGGUUUAGUUUUUCGUCCUCCACAUUAGUGUCCUACCCAGGUGUAGUUUUCUCAAGGUAAGAUCACUUGUAAAAUGGGCCUAGAGUAUCCAUCCUCUACCGUCAAAAUAUCUUUUGCGUCUUUAUUUGAUGCCUUUUCUUUACCCCUUUGAAUAAUUUCACUACCCUCACGCUUAAUGUUUCCUGAUUCUUCUGUGUGGUACUACGUGUGUCUUUAUUGUUGCCAUUCUUCUCAAGUUUGUUUUCUCGUGUCAUCGGCAAACUUGGAUAUUCCUUCUCAUCCUCAUAAACACUGACAAAUCUGUCCUCUGAACAAUCUACUACAAAACGUUCUCACAUCCGAAACGUACCCUCGUCUGCCUAGUUUGCAGGAAUUAUGACAGCGCAAUCCUAAGUUUGCCAGAGACAAUGCAACCAAUGGGGUGCUUUAUCGUAAUACGUAUUGCAUCUAAGUAAGUGGUAAUAUACUGCGGUGCAGUUCUGCAUUCUUAAAAACACUUGUCUGUUGUGCGUCUGUGUGCCUUCGUGUUUUCAAGCCUCAUAACUGCAUUGUACUAACUGAGCGCUGUGCGUGUGUGUGUGUGUGUUUGUGUGUGUGUGUGUGUUGCAUUAUCACCAGCAACAACUGCACUAAAUGUUUGCGUUGCAAAAUCAAAGACAUGAAAAGCAUCAGCGCUUAUUUUGUUGAAUUUGUGUUGAAUAUUAUCAUCAUCAUCAUCAUCUUCAACAUGACCGAUUCAUCUUUUGAAAUACUUCCGCGGGAAGUGGAUACAUACAAACCUGUCCUUACGUACUUACGAAGUGAGUGGUAUCAUUAACUUUACAGUGAAGUUUUUUGU